GGAGUGUCUUUUCUGUGCUCCUUGUCUCUGAACACCAGGAAGUAAACAGGAACAAUAACUGAACAGUAGACAGACACCGGUGAUAAUAAAGACAAGAGACCGCUGUAUCAGUGUCACUAACGAUGGAGGAAUAUAACUCUGGAGAUGAGGUUGUCUUCAAUGCAGAUGAGGCCAGUAUCUCAGUUAAAGAGUGUAUUGAAGGUGUUAUUGGUGGAACAGAUUAUAAUCAGAGUAAAGUGAACCAGUGGACGGCCAGUAUAGUGGAGCACUCUCUGACUCACCUGGUGAAACAGGGACGGCCGUUCAAAUACAUAGUAAACUGUACGAUCAUGCAGAAGAGCGGCGCAGGUCUCCACACAGCCAACUCCUGCUACUGGGACACUGCCACUGAUGGGAGCUGCACCGUCAGGUGGGAGAAUCGCACCAUGUACUGUGUGGUCAGUGUGUUUGCUGUCGCUGUGCCUCUGUGACAGCAGCAACCAAGCUGCACCCUCUCCUAACACCGUCAUGUCUCUGUGAAGCCAUGAAGAUCCUCUCAUGAUACCCUCUGUUAGAAGUUCAUGUACAAGUAGCUUCUCUCUCCCCACAGGCUUGAACAAUAUAACGUCAGGAUACAGGUUGUGGUUUUGAGAGUCGACUGUCUGCGUUGGUGUGACUGUGAGAAAAUGCUGCUUUGUUAGGGACCAAGGUCAGAAUGCAACUCUGAAGCAGGACUUUGUAAAGAAAUUACACUUCAAACAUCACAUGCUCAUGUUGAGAACACUAAGUAUUUUCUCUCCAUAUGUUGUCCCAAAUGUUGUAAUCUGUGCAUAAUGUAGAACUUGAUUAUUUUUUAGUCAUGCUACAGCAAGGCUCUGGGGAUGUCGGUCUGUCGGUCCACUACUGAAAUAUCUCAACAACUAUUGGAUGGAUUGCCAUAAAAUUUGCUACACACAUUCAUGCCCCCCUCAGGAUGAAUUGUAAUAACUUUGGUGAUCCUCUGACUUUUCCUCUAGCGCCACCAUCAGGUCAACAUUCCAAUUUUUCCAAUACUUUGAUUUAUGACCAAAUACCUGCAGAACUAACGACAUUCCCAUCAGCGUUAGCUGAACUUACGUUUAGUGCUAAUUAGCAAAUGUCAGCAUGCUAACACGCUAAAUCAAGAUGGUGAACAUGGUCAACAUUAUACCUGCUAAACAUCAGCACGUUAACAUUAUCAUUGUAGGCAUGUUAGCACACAGAUGUUAGCAUUUAGCUCUAAGCACUGCAGUACAGCUUCACAGAGCUGCUAGUAUGGCUGUAGACUCUUAAUCUUGUUUUGUCUCCUUCAGUACAUUACCAAAUAAAACUGACUGAACUGUUGCUGUAGUUAAAAGUUUGGUAGUUAAGACAAGUCUGACUGUUGUGUUUAAGUAGAUACCCGAGUACUUGUAUAAAGUGUCUUUCCUUGUAUGCAUUAAUAUUUUAAUGUUUUACAUUGGUCUGUAUCUGUAACUGUGCACAUAUGAGAGUGUGUUUCCAGGAUGGAGUUGUUUAAUGGUCCCAACGACUAAUGCACUUUUCUUAGACUUUCUCUGUAGAAAUCCUGGAUUCUUCUGUGUUGAGUUUAUGGAGGCUGUUCAGUAAAUUAAAAUGUCGGAACGUCAACAGUACAGUCAUUAAAUGUAUUUAACAAUC